CAUUUUUUCUUCUUCGCCCAAAAAACUCGAGCCAAAAAUGGAGCCAUGGCUCGACGACUUAGCCGAUGACCUUCAAAGCAUCAGCUUCAACUCUACUACCAGCACUACCACCACCACCGCCACUGACAUUAACCGGUCGACUAGUUCCGGCUCCGAAGCCACAUGGACGGCUACGGCUUCUUGUAUCUCUUCCAACUCUCUUCACCACCAUAUCACUAAGCCACGCGCCGCUACUCCUUCCGGUGAUCCUUACUGGGACGCCAUUACACGUGGUAUUUCCACUUCUACUUCUUCGGCAAUUUCUCUAACUGAUCUCCGAUUUCUCCAUCGACUAGGAUCCGGCGAUAUAGGCUCUGUCUUCCUCGCAGAAAUCAAAGCUGCUCCUGUAACGGAGAUUUCGAAAUCGACGGCGGUAUCGGCGUACUUUGCUGCGAAAGUUAUGGAUAAGAAGGAACUUGCGAGCCGUAAUAAGGAAGGAAGAGCGAGGACUGAACGGGAAAUACUUGAAAUGUUAGAUCAUCCUUUCCUUCCGAUGCUUUAUGCUUCUAUUGAUUCACCGAAAUGGUCGUGUUUAUUGACGGAGUUUUGCCCCGGCGGUGAUCUACACGUACUCCGGCAACGUCAACCGGCGAAACGCUUCCCUGAAUCCGCUGUCAGGUUCUAUGUGUCAGAGGUGGUGGUAGCGUUGGAGUACAUUCACAUGAUGGGAAUAGUUUACCGCGACUUGAAACCUGAAAAUGUUUUGGUCCGAUCGGAUGGUCAUAUCAUGCUCACAGACUUUGAUCUCUCGCUGAAAUGUGAUACCUCUACAUCAACACCAGCUCAAGUGAUUUCAAGUAAAAAUACACCUAAUGGUGGACCUCAACAAAAUGAGUACAAAAUUGAACCACCAAAGUUCACAGCUUCUUCAUGUAUCCUGCCAAACUGUAUAGUACCUGCUGUAUCAUGCUUCCACCCGAAAAGAAAGCGAAAGAAGAAGCCAGGACAUCUUGGUGGCCCUGAAUUUGUAGCUGAACCAGUCGAUGUUCGUUCAAUGUCCUUCGUGGGAACUCACGAGUACUUGGCACCAGAGAUUGUAUCAGGUGAAGGUCAUGGUAGUGCAGUAGAUUGGUGGACACUAGGGAUAUUCAUAUUUGAGUUGCUAUAUGGAGUAACACCUUUUAAAGGUAUAGAUCAUGAACUAACCCUAGCUAACAUCGUUGCUCGAGCCCUCGAAUUCCCUAAGGAACCAUCAAUGCCAGCCCCAGUUAAAGACCUGAUAUCACAACUCCUUACUAAGGAUCCCGCGCGAAGAAUGGGAUCAACUAUGGGUGCUACAGCAAUCAAACACCAUCCAUUCUUCCAAGGAGUCAAUUGGGCACUUUUAAGAUGUACUUCACCACCAUUCAUUCCUCCUCCAUUCAGUAAAGAAUUUCUCUCUGAUGGAAGUUGCCCUGAUACCUCAAUGGAAUACUACUAGCCUCUAUCACUCAGAUUCUUUGAAAAUGUUGUUGCACUCGUAUCAGAUCCU